AUGCCUGGUGGAAAGGGAAAGUCUAUCGGUGGAAAGGGCGGGAAGGGCGACGCUGCGGGGAAGGCCCAGAAGUCUCACAGUGCAAAGGCUGGUCUGCAGUUCCCCUGUGGUCGUGUCAAGCGUUUCUUGAAGAACAACACCCAAAACAAGAUGCGUGUUGGUGCUAAGGCCGCGGUCUACGUGACGGCCGUCCUCGAGUACCUGACCGCCGAAGUGCUAGAGUUGGCAGGCAACGCUGCCAAGGACCUGAAGGUCAAGCGUAUCACGCCCCGACACUUGCAGCUCGCCAUCCGUGGUGACGAAGAGCUGGACACCCUCAUCCGCGCCACCAUUGCGUUCGGUGGUGUCCUGCCGCGCAUCAACCGUGCACUGUUGCUCAAGGUCGAGCAGAAGAAGAAGGGCAAGCCCGAGUUCUAG